GCAGCCUGCCGGCCAACCGAACUUCCCCGCGCCGACCCACCCUCCUAGCCUCCGCGUUCCCUCCCGCCCCGCUCCCCUCGCCCCCUUCCGCGCGCUCGGUUCUCAUUGGCCAGCGGCGCGCCGGGGGCGGGACUCUCGGCGCAAGCUCGGCGCAUCAUUGGGCGGUGGACCGCCCCUCGGCUCCGGGGUAGGCUGAGACGGGAGGGUCCUCAGCUAAAGCCAAAAGCAGAUCAAAGUGGUGGGACUCGCGUCGCGGCCGCGGAGACGUGAAGCUCUCGAGGCUCCUCCCGCUCCGGGUCGGCGCUAGCCCUCGCUCUCCUCGCCCUCCGCCCCGGCCCCGGCCCCGCGCCCGCCAUGGAGAAGACUGAGCUGAUCCAGAAGGCCAAGCUGGCCGAGCAGGCCGAGCGCUACGAUGACAUGGCCACCUGCAUGAAGGCAGUGACCGAGCAGGGCGCCGAGCUGUCCAACGAGGAGCGCAACCUGCUCUCCGUGGCCUACAAGAACGUGGUCGGGGGCCGCAGGUCCGCCUGGAGGGUCAUCUCUAGCAUCGAGCAGAAGACCGACACCUCCGACAAGAAGUUGCAGCUGAUUAAGGACUAUCGGGAGAAAGUGGAGUCCGAGCUGAGAUCCAUCUGCACCACGGUCCUGGAAUUGUUGGAUAAAUAUUUAAUAGCCAAUGCAACUAAUCCAGAGAGUAAGGUCUUCUAUCUGAAAAUGAAGGGUGAUUACUUCCGGUACCUUGCUGAAGUUGCAUGUGGUGAUGAUCGAAAACAAACGAUAGAUAAUUCCCAAGGAGCUUACCAAGAGGCGUUUGAUAUAAGCAAGAAAGAGAUGCAACCCACACACCCAAUCCGCCUGGGGCUUGCUCUUAACUUUUCUGUAUUUUACUAUGAGAUUCUUAAUAACCCAGAGCUUGCCUGCACGCUGGCUAAAACGGCUUUUGAUGAGGCCAUUGCUGAACUUGAUACACUGAAUGAAGACUCAUACAAAGACAGCACCCUCAUCAUGCAGUUGCUUAGAGACAACCUAACACUUUGGACAUCAGACAGUGCAGGAGAAGAAUGUGAUGCGGCAGAAGGGGCUGAAAACUAAAUCCAUACAGGGUGUCAUCCUUCUUUCCUUCAAGAAACCUUUUUACACAUCUCCAUUCCUUAUUCCACUUGGAUUUCCUAUAGCAAAGAAACCCAUUCAUGUGUAUGGAAUCAACUGUUUAUAGUCUUUUCACACUGCAGCUUUGGGAAAACUUCAUUCCUUGAUUUGUGUUUGUCUUGGCCUUCCUGGUGUGCAGUACUGCUGUAGAAAAGUAUUAAUAGCUUCAUUUCAUAUAAACAUAAGUAACUCCCAAACACUUAUGUAGAGGACUAAAAAUGUAUCUGGUAUUUAAGUAAUCUGAACCAGUUCUGCAAGUGACUGUGUUUUGUAUUACUGUGAAAAUAAGAAAAUGUAGUUAAUUACAAUUUAAAGAGUGUUCCACAUAACUUCUUAAUUUCUACAUUCCCUCCCUUACUCUUCGGGGGUUUCCUUUCAGUAAGCAACUUUUCCAUGCUCUUAAUGUAUUCCUUUUUAGUAGGAAUCCAGAAGUAUUAGAUUGAAUGGAAAAGCACUUGCCAUCUCUGUCUAGGGGUCACAAAUUGAAAUGGCUCCUGUAUCACAUACGGAGGUCUUGUGUAUCUGUGGCAACAGGGAGUUUCCUUAUUCACUCUUUAUUUGCUGCUGUUUAAGUUGCCAACCUCCCUUCCCAAUAAAAAUUCACUUACACCUCCUGCCUUUGUAGUUCUGGUAUUCACUUUACUAUGUGAUAGAAGUAGCAUGUUGCUGCCAGAAUACAAGCAUUGCUUUUGGCAAAUUAAAGUGCAUGUCAUUUCUUAAUACACUAGAAAGGGGAAAUAAAUUAAAGUACACAAGUCCAAGUCUAAAACGUUAGUACUUUUCCAUGCAGAUUUGUGCACAUGUGAGAGGGUGUCCAGUUUGUCUAGUGAUUGUUAUUUAGAGAGUUGGACCACUAUUGUGUGUUGCUAAUCAUUGACUGUAGUCCCAAAAAAGCCUUGUGAAAAUGUUAUGCCCUAUGUAACAGCAGAGUAACAUAAAAUAAAAGUACAUUUUAUAAACCAUUUACUAUGGCUUUGUAACAAUUGCGUACCCAUAUUUUAAGGGACAGGUGAAUUUACUACUUUCUAAAGUUUAUUGAUACUUCCCUUUUAUGUAAAAUGUAGUAGUGAUACCUAUAUUUCCACAUUGUGCAUUGUGACACACUUGUCUAGGGAUGCCUGGAAAUGUAUAAAAUUGGACUGCAUUUCGUAGAGUGUUUUACUAUAGAUCAGUCUCAUGGGCCAUCUCUUCCUCAGAUGUAAAUGAUAUCUGGUUAAGUGUUAUAUGGAAUAAAGUGGACAUUUUAAAACUA